CGGCCCACCUGCACCGAGCUUGUUUGUGAGCCCGCAGAAGUAAACUCUAUCGGGAAGGAGACAUCGUGAACUUGCUCACCCGUUGGUCAAAAAGGUCAAGGGUUCAGGAUAGGAUUCGCUCGGAUGAUGCCAUCGAUGGCACAACAGGCAACGGCCGCGUUGUGGUCGGCCAGGUACGACGAUGACCCCGCGGGCAAUAUGCGGUUCCUGGUUGCCAUCCCAGCAUCAAAGGGACUACAAAUAUGCUCGCUGCCGUUCCCGGGCUUCUGUUGGUAUCGACUCUGGUCAAUUGAGCUCAGCAGAAGCAGGUCGUCACAAUGGCAAUGGCACGUUACCUCGGAAUUGCAUCGGCAUUGGCUGCUACCAGCCUUGCUCAAUUCACCCCAGAGAAGCUGAUCAGCGCACCCCGCCGUGGUGCGCUCAGCCCCAGCGGUGAUGGAUCGGUUGCUCUCCUGUCUGUCUCGCAGUACAACUUCUCUGAAACAGCCAGCCACUCAAGCUGGAGUCUUCUUGACCUGAAGUCUGGCGAGUUCAAGGACUCUGGCCUCAACAUCAGCGAGGUCAGCGAGGCCGUAUGGAUCCCAGGUACCGAUUCCGGCAUCGUCUACAUCAACGGCACCAACGAGGAGAUUCCCGGUGGUGUCACACUCUGGAUCGGAGACAUCAAGGACCCAUCCAAGAGCACCUUGGCUGCUUCCCUGGAUGCGCCCUACACCGGUCUCAAGAUCGCGAAGACCGAAUCUGGCGAUAUUCACUUCCUGGUUAACAGUCUUGCGUAUCCUAACGGUACUGCCGUUAACCCCGAGACUGAGGUCAAGCCCAAGCACACUGGACGCUUCUACAAGGAUGUCUACGUUCGUCAUUGGGAUACAUGGCUCACCAAGAACCGUUACAACGUCUUCGCUGGUGCUCUCUCUGCGAACUCCAGCUACGGCCUUGCCCACCCUGGUCUCCGCAACCUGAACCACGGUGUCAACUGGACCACCACUAGGUCUGAGACUCCUGUCCAGCCGUUCGGUGACUCUGGCGAUUACGCCAUUUCGCCUGAUGGCAAGCUUUAUGCUUUCUUGAGCAAGGCUCCUCAGCUCAACAAGGCCAACUACACUGCCAGCUACAUCUACCUUGGUGAGGUUGCUGGUACCGCAGCCCCCGUCGCUUUCAACGGCCCUGACUCGGAGGCUUUCGAGGCCGGUCACCAGGGUGCUUCUGGUCUCCCUUCGUUCUCUCCUGACAGCUCCAAGCUCGCCUACGUUCAGCAGGACGAGGAUUACUACGAGUCCGACAGGUGGCAGCUGUACACUGUCGAUGUUGCCGCGGCCAACGGCAGCGUCGCUACCAGCAACUGGAAGGCUCUUUCCGCUGGUUUCGAUCGUUGGGUACAGGGUCCUCUGACCUGGGCGCACGAUGGCUCGUCUAUCUACGCCACAGCUGAGGACUACGCUCGCGUCAAGAUCUUCAACUUCCCCAUCAUUGCUGAUGCCAACUACGUCCCCGAGCCUUUGACUUCCAAUACCUCGGUCACUAGCUUCUCGCUCCUGAAGAACAACGACUUGCUCGUCACCGCCUCGGCCAUUUGGACACCCGUCGAAUACUACACCCUUACUAAUGGCACCAAGAAUACCAUCUUCAUUGCUGCCGAAAGCGACCCCGAGUUCUCUGACCUCAGUGCCGAUCACGUCUCCGAGAUCUUCUUCAACGGAUCUGACCCCAAUCUGAAGCAGCAGCUGCAGGCCUGGAUCAUAAAGCCCAGCAACUUCGUCGAGAACAAGACCUACCCUCUUGCCUUCUACAUCCACGGUGGGCCUCAGGGUUCGUGGGGCAAUUCCUGGUCUAACAGGUGGAACCCUGCCGUCUGGGCUGACCAGGGCUACAUCGUCGUCGCACCGAACCCAACUGGAUCCACCGGUUUCGGCCAGUACCUCACCGAUGCUAUUCAGGGCCGCUGGGGUGGAUACCCAUACUACGAUCUCGUCAACGCUUGGGAGUACAUCAACUCUGAGUUGACUUCUUUCGUCGAUGUCGAGAACGGUAUCGCUGCUGGUGCUUCUUACGGAGGUUACAUGACGAACUGGAUCCAGUCCAACGAUCUUGGGGACAAGUUCAAGGCUCUCGUCACCCACGACGGUAUCUCCCAGACCAAGGCUGCCUGGGGCACCGAAGAGCUGUGGUUCAUUCGCCACGACUACAACGGCACUGUCUGGGAGUCUGAGGCAUACGACAAGUGGAACCCCUUUGACCACAUCGCCAACUGGUCCACCCCUCAGUUCGUCGUUCACAACACCCUCGACUACCGUCUCCCCGAGAGCGACGGCAUCGCUCUGUUCAACGUCCUGCAGAAUGUCGGUGUUCCUUCGCGUUUCCUCAACUUCCCCAACGAGAACCACUGGGUCACCAAGCAGGAGAAUAGCUUGUUCUGGCACAAGGAGAUCUUCAACUGGAUCAACCACUACUCCAAGGGUGAGCCUUUGGAUGAUGAGCCCGCCGGCAACUAAGUGCGUGGUUGGGAGGUUGAUACGAGGUUAUGACGCGCCUAUUGCGCGGUUACGAGAUAGCACUUACCUUCAACGUAGUCACGUAUAAUGAUAAUGAG